GUUAAAGCAUAAAAGCAAAAGUCUUUCAUAUAUUAUAUACCCGCAUAUAUACACCCAUAUAUUUUUUGUUUGCGUGUUGUAUGUGGUCGAAGGUGUGUGUUGUUAAAGUGGCAAAGACGCAAUACAGACGCUUUAAUGCAAGCUAAUAUUUAUUGAUAUUUUGCACGAAAUUGUGUGUAAUUGUUAAGGGACUUCUUGACCAACAAACAGCAGGGAAUAAGUGCAACAACAUAUCGUAUUUUUCGAAAAUAAAGUGAUCCAGCAAAUUAAGCGAACUUUGCAUAUUAAAAGGUGAUAUUUAAUGCUGUAGAGAAUUUUAGAUCGUCAGCUUCUAUCUACAAGGAAAUUUACAUUAACGUAUUUUACAAACUAAAAAUUUACAAACAAGUAGUUGAAUCCAGAAAACGACCCCACCAAAAUUUUUGUAGCAACAAAUUAAAAAUACAAACAUUUCAAAUAAUAUUUUACGAUAAAGAAACACAUGUAGAAAGACUCUAGAUACCUUUAGCUGUGCCAUACAAUAUCCCCAACAAAUAUCAGCAGUAGUACUUUUUACACACAAACUCCUCCCCAAAAGAACGACACUGCGCCAAAACCAUAAACGUAGUACAUACUAGAUUUUCGUUUAGUGCCUCAAACACCGGCCUUAUUAGAAACCACACCACUUUCGGUACUCUUCAAAUUGACAUUUUGCACCCCAACUCUCUUCAGCAACAACAACACACAGCAAUAAUUCGUGUCUACCGCUUGCGGUGCAUCCGUUGGUCUUGAACCGAGUCGUCGAUUACAACAAAGUAACACACGUACACGAACAUCAUCCAUAUUGUUCGGCUGGCUGACUGCACGUUUGUCGGCAAUUUCCGCAAAUUUUGUCAAAUCCUGUCAAUUUUACUUAAUUUUCUGUCAACCUGAGUGCGAAGGGGAAAAAGCGAAUUUCACCAAUGUUAUGUUGUGGCGUUUGUUGCGGCAAUAUGUCGAAACGAGAUUACAAGGUGGCCACAAUGGAUGGCAUCGAGCUGGAGCCGUUGGGUGGCGAAAAAAUCGACAAGGAAAAGGAAAAGGAUAAAGAAAAGCAAACGAACGGUGUGACUUUCGGUGGCGAAUCGAGUGGUCGACAGACGCGUCAGGGAGUCGCUGUUUGCUCACAGAGGCGCGCGCUACUGGUUGCUGGCAUCGUGUUGGGCUCGCUGCUGCUCACCGCGCUGAUAAUUGCCUACGCUGGACCACAAAAUGAUUGUUCGUGCGCUGGUAAAUUGGCACCGGGUUUCGAAACGGAUGAAGAGAACGACACACAGCCAUUCAAUCCGAUUGCGACGAAUGGAGAGCCUUAUCCAUGGCUGGAAGUGGCACUGCCAACGAGUGCGCGUCCACUGCGUUACAUGGUGACAAUACAUCCGAAUCUGACGACGCUGGACGUCAAAGGUCAAGUGACAAUCGAUCUCUUCAUGGAGAAGGAAACAAAUUUCAUAGUGUUGCAUAUACAGGACCUAAACGUCACCGAUAGGGCCAUUGUGACGACGGGCAACAAGGGUUACGCCAUCAAAAUUGUCAAAGUAUUGGAAUAUCCACCGCGACAGCAAUUGUACAUCGAAGUAAAGGAGAAGCUGAAGAAGAAGUCGAAUUACACGCUUAACUUACGCUGGUAUUCGAAAUUAAAUCCGGAGCCGGAAGGUUUUUACGUGGAUCAAUAUGAGAGCUCUAACGGACUGGAGCGUUUGCUGGCAGCCACCGUAUUUCGGCCGAAUAGCGCGCGUCGCGCAUUCCCCUGCUUUGAUGAGCCGCAAAUACGCGCCCCAUUUCGCAUAUCUGUUUUUCGUGAUCGCUUCCACAUUGGUCUUUCCAAUUCCAUUGUGCAUACGACGGAGGAUGUGGGCUUCUACAUGGGCACCGGUUUGCUACGUGACGAUUUCAUCGAGACACCACCACUACCCGCCGAUGCUGUCGCAUGGGUGGUGAGCGAUUUCCAGCGUGAAUCUCUGCAGCCUUCGCCAGCUUAUUUGCCAACAACACCGGCGCCGCCUGGUAGCGCUGGCUCGAAGAAGUCCGCACAGCUCAGCAAUUACCCACAGUUGAAGGAGAAGAAGCCGCCCGUGCGCAAUAUAACCGCGCUCACACAUUCAUUGAAUAUUAAUCUGAUGAAGAAUACCACCACAACGACCGUUACGCCCACUGCCGAAAGCAAUGGCAAGAAUCUUACAUCGCUCAGCCAGUCGACGGGUUCGCUAAUUAAACGUGCGCCAUCGUAUACUUUCUAUGCGCCACGUGAUCUACUGCCACGCUCAUCUUUUAUACUACACACUGCACGUGACGUGUUGGAACAUCUACAAACCUGGUUGGACAUAUUGUAUCCGCUGACGAAAGUCGAUUUUGUGGCGUUACCUUCACUGGAUCGGAACAUUAUCUCUUCGUUGGGUUUGGUUACGCUGAAGACUGCCUUUCUCACCGAUCCCGAGUCCAUAACGACGGAGGAAUAUCAGAAGAGCGCCCUGCAAGUAGCCGAGGCUAUGGUGAGACAGUUCUUUGGUGGCAUUACAUCGAGGAAGGUAUUGAAAGAUGUCUGGUUGUGGGAGGGACUCAUAAAAUAUUUGGGCAUACAUUCGCUUUCGCCGCAACAAACCAACUGGCCGUUGAGAGAAAUGUACCUGCUUAAAAUAGCUACAACGGCUUUGGACAUUGACGCCAUACAAGGCUGGGAUAGCAUUAUGAACGGCACAAAGCAUGAUGGUAAUAAUGAAGAGUUUUUCAUACAAAAGACCGCUGCCAUAUUUUCAAUGUUACACACCGCCAUUGGCGAAGAUCGCUUCCGCGGUUGCCUUGGCGCUUUUCUAAAAAUUAAUCGUUUUAAAACUGCCGAACCCACAGAUCUUUGGACGAUUUGUACAAAGAAAGCCAACGGUUCCAAGAAUAUCAAAGACAUGAUGACUUUGUGGACUCAUCAACCGGGCUUCCCGCUACUGACUGUUACCAAACUGGGCAACAGCGUAUCCAUAUCACAGCGGCCCUUCAAGCCGGCUGACUUCCUUGCCAUACACGAUGAGACUUAUGACGGCAACAACUACAAUAAAACGGUGGUGAAUGUCACAGAGACGCCGAGCACUGUGGCACCAACGGCUGCGGGUAAAACCAAGCAACCGACAAAGAUGAAAUGGAUAUUCCCAAUAACCUAUAUAACCGAUACUAAUAAUGUUAGUGAGACUUUAUGGCUACAAAAUAUUGACGUUACUUUCAAUGUGCCAGAGAAUGUUAAGUGGAUCAAGGUUAAUGCAAUGCAAUCUGGUUAUUAUCGCGUCUUGUACAACGAUGACAACUGGGCGAAUUUGAUUGAGGAACUUUCCAACAACCCCGAGAAGUUAUCCAGUGAGGAUCGCAUUGGCUUGCUGUCGGAUUCGUUUACUCUUUGUCACGCGAAUCUGUUGCCCUGUGAGAUCACCAUGAAUAUGAUACAAUAUUUACCUAGUGAAACCAAUUGGGGUCCCAUGACAGUGGCGUUGCGGCACUUGGAGAAGUGGCGUCGUAUAUUGAAGUAUUCAGAAUGUUUCCUGAUGUUAUCGGAAUUUAUUAAAAUGAAAUUGGCUACAGUUAUUGAGAAAAUCGGUUGGACCGAUGAUGGCGAUGAAGCAAAGAGACUAAUGCGACCGGAAGUACUCUUAAGCUCAGUGCUUUGGGAAGAUAUUGACAGCAUAACAAAGGCCAAAAACAUGCUUAACCAAUUUCUGUACUACAACGGCACGGCGAUACCACCUAACCUGAGAGAGGUGGUCUAUACCGGCUCCAUACUGUCCGGUGAAUACAUUUACUGGCAGCAUUGUUGGGAACGCUUCAUCGCGCUCCAGCGUACAUCGGAGAGUUUCGUCGAACGCAUGCAAUUACUGCGUGCGCUCGGCCGUACCAAAGACGCUUGGCUACAAAAUCGCCUACUAUCGCAUGUCACCAUGCUGCCCACCGUUGAAGUGGUGCAAGUAUUACAGGCUAUUGCUGGCACGCCGACAGGUGGUGCGAUGGCGUGUCGCUUUCUGCAAGCCAAAUGGUUUGAAUUGGAAACGCGACUCGGUCACGGUACGCUAAGCUUCGCCAAAGUGAUAUCGGCGAUAACACAAUAUGGCGCGACGAAGUUCGACUACGAUGAGCUGAAGUCGCUGGUGCAUCGCUUUGGACGCGGUCCCGGCAUGGAAGUGCUGAAUAUGACGCUCAGCAGCGUCGCUUCCAAUGUCGAGUGGGUGGCGCGCUCUCAGACAUCGUUGUAUAAAUGGGUGGAGAGCAACUUGCAUUCGCAUUGA